CGCCGUUGAGGUAAAACGUGUGCUGCGUCGCGACCGUUCGCUCCGCGUAAAAAACAUCGACUCACUUCGGAAAGUAAUCUUUUUAAAAAUUUAAAAAAAAAAAUUACGCACCUAUACUAAUAAUAUUAAUGAUAUUAACAUUGUUAAUGAUAGUGUAGUGACUGAUAAAUUUAUUGGACAUUACGGAAGAUUUAUAAGGUAGAUGAAAAUAAGUAGGUACAUACUGAGAGAAUUGUAUUGAAAUACGAAGUAUAAACUAUGUGAGGAGAUAAUGAAUGUUGAAGUUGUGUGUUCAAACAAUCAGUCAGUGAAGUUGUAAUUUAUAUACUGCUUUGACGUACAGUUUCCUCGGUGGCAACGGAAGCUGCUACAACACAAACCGAAGUCGACAUUUGGAAAUAGAACUUCUUCGCGGCUAAACGAUAUAUAAAUACUGCAUAAUCCUGAUAGUCAAGAUAUCUGGCCAGUACUUGCUUGAUUUGUGCCAAAACGAACUAUAUAUCAACGAGAGCAACAUGACGGUGAUACGGACACUUCCUGAGCAGUUGGAGGUGAUAACCUCGCGCAUCGAAAUGGCUUAUCAACAAGCACACACACACACACUUGGCCGGAGUAAAGUGUCAGUCGCGGACAAAGCCGAACGCGCGGCCACUUAAAUGGCCCCUACAUGUGAAUUUUGUACAAAUAAUGUGCUGUAAAAAGUUAAAAUGGGUGACUUGCUACCUAGUAUACCUAAAAGCACGUUUGCUAGUGAACUAGACGUGCAUAAUUGGAGUGUUGUUGGCCUGGACGAGUACAAGACAGACGAAGCGCUUGCAGCGGUUGAGCUAUUCAAAGAUUACCCUGAAGCGUUGCUGAGGUUCGCCUCUGUGUGCUGUGUUUUGUUCAUGUUGGUUGGCAUUCCGGGCAAUCUGAUCACCAUCGUUGCUUUGGCCCGCUGUAAAAAGGUCCGAAACGCAACUGCGGUGUUCAUCAUGAACUUAUCAUGUUCUGACCUGCUCUUCUGCUGCUUCAACCUUCCACUGGCAGCAUCCACCUUCUGGAGACGGUCGUGGGCACACGGCAGGACUCUCUGCAGGAUGUUUCCCUUGGCCCGCUACGCAUUGGUUGCAGUAUCACUAUUCACUGUUCUCGCCAUCACGAUCAACAGAUAUGUGAUGAUAUCGCACCCAAGAAUCUAUCCAAAAUUAUAUAAGAGACACUACCUCGCAGUAAUGGUUGCUAGUACGUGGAUCUUCUCAUUUGGCGCUUUAAUAGCAACAUGGCUGGAGAAAUGGGGCCGAUUCGGAUUAGACCCCACUAUCGGAUCUUGCUCUAUACUCCCUGAUCAGAAUAAAAGAUCUCCGAAGGAAUUCCUCUUUGUCGGCGCUUUUAUGCUGCCCUGUUUAGCAAUUGUAAUAUGUUAUGCUCGAAUAUUUUGCAUCGUGAGAGAGGCAGCAAGAAAAUCGCGAGCACCGGCCCGCGGGCGGCCUCGGGGAUUAUUAGAAGACUCAGCAGUUGGUUCAGCAUCGACAGCUUUAGAGCGAUCACCUUGCCCUGAAAAUGGGGUCAACCAUGUCGCUCCACCUAGAAGAGCAUUACUAGCACCGCCUGUGUUACAUUGUCCUCCAACACCAGCCCCUGAACGUUCAUCGUCUUCUGGUGUAGACACAUUAGACGGACACGAUGAAGAGUGCGCACUUGAUGCAAAACCUCGAACACCUAGUGGUGGUGAAACAGCUAAAAGACUUCGACAAGCCGCAGUAGCGUUAAGACGAUCACCGGCAUCGGUCAGACCACCUCGACUGACUCAUAAAGAUAGGAAGCUACUAAAAAUGAUAAUGGCUAUUAUGCUAUCAUUUUGGGUGUGUUACUUGCCUAUAACUCUCACGAAGAUUUUUCGAGAGUUCACGUCACAUCCAGCGGCGAAUAUCGCCGGCUAUAUACUAAUAUAUUUGACGACGUGUAUAAAUCCCAUAAUAUAUGUAGUGAUGUCGAGCGAGUACCGCCAAGCGUACAAGAAUUUGUUGAUGUGCAGAAGGUGGGCGUGACGUUCGUCC